CAAAAACAUUCCGCUUCCAGCCACUCCCUCUGCCACUUUCACUUCAACCUCCCUCCCAAACCCACACCAGUAGCAGACUACCACUUCACGGACCUGUACACGACACACCCACCCAAGAUGACGACAACAACAGCAACGACCCCCUUCCCAACCACAAUGCGAGCCUGGCUCUACAGCCACACCAACCCGACCCUCGAAGCCAACCUCACCCUAGAGCCCUCCGCGCGCGCGCCUCCGGGGCCGCUCAAACCGUCGCAAGUCCUCAUCCGCGUGCUGACCGCCGCCCUCAAUCCCGCCGACUACAAAGUGCCCGCCAUGCCGAUCGUGACGACCGCCCUGAUCCGCAAGCCCGCCAGCCCGGGCCUCGACUUCGCCGGCGAAGUCGUCGCCACCGCCGAUGACACCUCCCCAUUCACGCCCGGCCAAGUCGUCUACGGCACGCUCGACCUGCCCACCCAAUUCGGCUCGCUGGCCGAAUACCUCAUCGCCCGAGAAGAGAACCUCCACCCGGUGCCCGCGGGGGUCGAGGUCGACCACGCCGCGACCGUCGGCGUCGCGGGCAUGACGGCGUGGCAGUCGAUCGCGCCCUUCAUCGCCCCGGACACCGGAGCCAACGUCUUCAUCAACGCCGGGUCCGGCGGCUGCGGGAUCUACGCCAUCCAGAUCGCCAAGGCGCUGGGGUGCACCGUGACGACGACGUGCUCGACCAAGAACGUGCAGUUCUGCCAGGAGCUGGGCGCGGACGAGGUGCUGGACUAUACCGCGGAGGAUGUGGUGGCCGUUCUGAAGGCCAAGGGCCCGGUGUUCGACCACGUCGUCGAUCAUAUCGGCCUGCCGGCGGAGAUGUACAACGAGUGCCAUGCGUUCUUGAAGCCGGGCAAGGUGUUUGCGCAGGUCGGCGCGACGCGCUUCCCGACCUUCGCGACGCGCCUGCUGCGGCCGAGCUUCUUGGGUGGCGGGAAGCGGCGGUACUUGCCUAUCUUCUGGAAGCCUAAGAAGGAGGAUCUGGUGAGAGUGGGUGAGCUGAUCAGGGAUGGAAAGGUGAAGGUCGUGCUGGAUAGUGUCUAUGAGUUUGAGGAUGCACCCAAGGCUUUCGAGAAGUUGCGCUCGGAGCGGGCGCGCGGGAAGGUGGUGGUGCAUGUAUCGAGUCGAGCAUGAAAUGGGAUGGGAUGGAUGAAUGAUGGAGAGUUACAGAUUCGCCAUGCAACGCUUUUGGGUUCUCUAUGUACAGUACGUGGAUUAUGAUACCACGAGGGGUUUAAUCAAUCAGUCACACCCCUCGCAAACAAACAACACGAAGAAGAAUGCCAAUCACUUCUUCCGUUGCAAGAAGGUCAUCGCCGCCACGGCCAUGGCAUCCACCGCGGUCUGCAGCGUAGGUUCGAUGACUGGGGCGAAG